UCUUGACACGCCCAAAGUCGCUGCCCCACACAAGUUGCAAGUUUCUUUUUUUUUGCUUCAAAACAAACGGACGGAAUUUGAAAGCGCCUUACGAGAUAUUCUAAAGAUAUUCUUCAUGACCGAGUUGAGCAAGGCAGCAUUUUCAAGAAUAUGUUUUGCUUUGGGGAAACCCAUCGCCGUCCUCCCAAAUCCCCAGGCACGCAUUCCUGCAUAUUUACUUCAUUAUGAAUUCUCUCUGGCGCUCCUUUCUUUGCAUUCCAAGCAGCACUAUGUAUCAUCCGCUCAAUUGACGCACCAACAUACUGCCGAGGAUUUGGCAACGGCAGAACAUCUUCUCUGUGUCAUAAAUUUUCCACGCAAGCAGAUAGGAAAGUUCAAGUCGGAUUGCCUCACCACAGGCGUGCAAGACGAUCAGGCACCAGAUCCUGUAAAGAAGCGAGAAACGACCGUUGCCGUGGGUGUCCUCAACAUGGCUGAGUCAGGCAACAACAACAUCUUGCCUGGAUCUAGAGUGCACAUAGACGGUCGUCAUGAAGUCGUUGACACGAAUGAUAGAGAUUUAUCUUGGGAAGAGUUUUGUCAAUUUGAGAUUCGUGUCGGGACGGUCCUAUCUGGGGACGGAAAUGUAGAUUUUGGGGAAAACUGGGGUGUUCGCAGAUGCAAGUCUGCCAUUGAACUUGGAAUUUACACGGGAAAACAAGUUUUGGCCGUGCUGAAUGUAGAGGAUGGGCCGUGGGUUUUAAGUGUUGGAAAGACUGGAUUAAUAGGACCGCUAAAAAAGGUCUCUAACGGGAUCCGCUUGGCUUGAUUUUAAAAAGUUUCAUCCGAGUUUUAGUGUCCUGUACAUGGUGAGCUAUUAAUGAAGAAAGGGCGCUGCAAUCCUUCCAUCUCCAUGGGACGAUGCUUCA